CAAAAACAAAAGACACUACUCGCCAAUUUCCUUUGACGUAUAAAAUCUGUUUUCAAAUUUUAAAUGCUGCAUUGUCCCCUUCAAAAUUUUACAGAAUAAAAGACGGAAUUCUAAAAUAUUAUGUUUUUGGAUAGUUAAAAACCAAUGUGAUUCUCAUAAAAAGUGAAUUAAGUAAUUUGCGACAUAUUUCUCGAACGAUUAGUUUGGAAGAAUUUCAUAAAGAUGAAGACAGAAACUGCUUUUGAGGUAGAACUGGAGCGAAAUCUCACCGAACGGAAAUUUGAUACUGUCCUUGAAACCUUGAAAAAUCCUGAAAAUGAUACUUACAUCGAAACCAACGUGUGGAACAUCAUAAACACGGUUUGUUUAACCCUGAAGACGAAAGAUUUAGUAGAGAAUGAAGACGACGUCGAUAUUUGCCGUAAAAUACUUCUGGAUCUUGUCGAUAGAGGUUCAGCUAAAGAAGUCAUUGUUGCUUUGAUGGAAGAUGCCGAUUCCUUUAAAAAUCACUUCCAUUUCUCACUUUUGCUGGAACCUCUGAAACGCACCUUGUUAAAGGUUCCUGGUAAGAGAGGUAAAUCUUUAGAGUGGGUGCUGUCCACACUGAAUGCCCACAUUCAAACAUUAUCUUUGCCAGAAGAUAAUGAUCUCCAAGGAGAUGAAAGAAUGCUGCUUGAUGCAGAUCCAGCAGUGAUGGACGCAAAUUAUGUCUUGGCAAGCUAUUUGAAAUUUAUUAAUACAUUUGUAGAAGAGGUAUCUUUCGAAACCUUAAGUAAGAAAGAGGAUUAUUAUGUAGAUAGAGUUGAGCAUCAGAGGGAGAUUUUGCAGAAAUUUAUUCUGAUUCUCUUCGAUAGACCGUUUUUGUAUCAGGACUUGCAUGUCGAGUUGGAUAGUAAUCGACCUAAAAGUACCAUCCGUACACUAUGCGAGAGCUAUGUGCACUGCUUAUUCAAGACGUGCUCUAAUGUUUUUAAUUUGUUCAAAUAUGAAACCAGCCCCUCAAAGUCAUCUCUUAAAAAUGCUUUCAAUAAUGCUUUUACUAAGAAGGAUGAUGAGACGAGAGAAGAUAUUGACGAUUCAGAAAAUGUCCCAUCGCUAGCAAUGGCUAAUCUUUCUUAUUUAAUCUUUGUUGAAAACAUUGCACUAGAUUUCCAACCUUUUGUAUACAAUCACCGAUAUUUGUUUAUGAAGAAUUUAAGAUACAUCACUUUACUUUUGGAAAAGAACCAAAAUCUUGUUCUUUUCAAAGGGCUUCACCUAGCUCAGACAUUAUUAAGCAGACUGGAGGAAUAUGAGAUUGUUUAUAAUUAUAUAGAACUUGGAGUUUUUACUGAAUUUCCGAGACUUUUGAUGAAUGUUGCUAUAUUCUCCCCUAUUGAUACUCAUCGAAAAAUGGCUGUCCAAGUGUUUUUGUCCUAUAUCGGCAAAUGCGACUGGAAGGGUAGAUAUCACUUAAUCAACCAAGUGUUGUGCACAACGAACCAUUCAGGUGCUGAAGGGCUUGUUAUCAAUUUGUACAAAACUUACCUGAAUGAACUUUUGAAUGGCAGCGUAACAGAUAACUACUUACUUGGUAAAAACUUGAAGUUGUUCUUGAAGAAAGUGUAUGUACUUAAAGAAGGUGUGGAAACGGACAUUUUGGAACACAGUGACAGAAUAAUGACAUCUCUGAAUUUCCUCCGUUAUCUCCUUAUAAGAGAUUCUAAAGAUAAAAAUAUAACAGGUGUCUGGGAUCUGUUGCCCGAUAUAUCGAAGAAAUUUCUUGAACCUCUCUCAACAGGGCUUGACUUAUCAAGGGCGCAUUACAAACAGGUGGCCAAAGACAAUCAGGAGAACGCUCGCAAUAAAGCAAAAGGGUGCAUCAACUCUACAGUCACGGUCAACAACGAAGUGUUGCCAAAUGUCCCUCCCGAGUUCCAAAAGGAUUUGUUUGAAAAGGCUCUUUUGACUUUUGAUAUGAUUGAAAGUAUUUUGUUUCGUGUUCGUGAACUUUCCUAACUUGUCGAAUUCAUUCUGUAUGUAUCAAAUAAUCGUAUUUUUGAAAGUAUUGCAAACAAAUAGCAAAAGAUUCUGAAAAGUGUACUUGGCAUAAAACAAAAAGAAAAAUACAAAAACGCCAUAAUGGAACUGUCACAGUUUGCAGCUGAAUUUAACGUCCCGUGUCAUUUCCAGGAAAAUAUGUUGGACGAAUCUCCUUUACUCUGUCACUUUUGAUCCAUUUUCUAGCUCAUCCGUUUAGGUUGGUCAUUUAAGAUCAAGCUAUGCAAAUCUGUUUACUGUCUGUCACUGCAGUUUCCUCGGUGCACAUCUUGCUGCAGAAUACCUCACCCCCCUCCCCUUUCACAUACACAUAAGUAUCUAAGAUGAGUUGGUUUGAUGGGACGCCUAGCCCAGGUAGGGGCUUAUUCCCGGUAGUGAAGAACUGCAGAGUGCUUAGCCUUCAGUGUCUUGCCGUAGCCAUCUCCGACAAGAGCUAGGGUGGAAUUGGCUUCUUCAAGACUAGGAUCUCCCAUCUUGUCCAUAAGGUAAGUAGAGGGUGAGGUGGAGAACGUCAGGACUCAUAACUAAAUAAACACCAGUAUCUACUCUCCGCCAGAUUUUUAUAUUCACGGGCAUGCUUAUCCUACUCCAAAUGGAGGGAAGUCGGAAAAGGUUGAAUAUUCAGUGGAUCGUGCCAAUUGUGUUUGGUUUGUACAACCAUGCUCCGUUAAGGCAUGAAAUGGCCGUAUAUGAUAGGUGUUAUCUUUUGAUAUGAUUGAAGGAAUCUUGUCCAAUUUUCGACGUUGAUAUCAUUUUCGUUUGCAGCUCAAAAAGUGACAAAAGAAUUUUAUGGACAGCGGAGUUAAAAUGAGAUCAUGUCUAAUGCUCCAGCACUGUUGCUCAAAGAUAUAUUUGGAAAAGUUCAUUUAAUUUCCCGUAUGAUUGAAGUCACAUAUCGUCAAUUCUUCUAAUGUGUUUUUAUUCAAUCUCAUAAUAUUGAAUAAUUGUGUUUUGAAAUUACUUGCAGCGCCAACUCUUUAGUUACAGUUAAAAAGGAAAUAUGAUCUAACUGCUUGUGCCAGUUCUGAAAAGAUGCGAGUGUUAGACAAAGUUCCUUUAACUUUUGAUAUGGUUAAGCGUCUCUUCCGUGUUCGUCAAUUUUUGUAAUUCAUUAUCUGUAUGUAAAUUGAUUGUAUUUUGAAAAUAAAAUUUUUCGAUGCA